CGGGUCACGGGGCUGGUCAGGUGGACUGGGCAACGACAAGGGACAGCAGCCGCUCAGAAGCGGCUCGGGGAGCUGCAUUGCUCUGGACUGAUCGCUUGCAAAAUGGACGAAGCGCAAAACGAAGCCAGCAGCCGGCCAGCACCGAGCCGAUACUACACCCGGGAGGCCUUGGGCCGCCUGUGCUCGAUAAACGAGGACGAAUUCAAGGAGUACAUUCAGCUUCUCGAGCACAUCUCCCGGUCCCUUGGCUUCCCGUGGUCGACGAUCGUAACCGAGAAGCAUAUGCUCCGACGCUACUGUCUCUUCUAUCCGAUCUAUCAGAGCGAGCUGGAGGAUGUGAUGAUAUCGUGCGUCUUUUUUGCCGCCAAACUCGAGGAGUCUGUCAAGAAGAUCAGGGACAUCAUUCAAGCAGUCCAUAUAGCGAUCGCUGGGAUGGAUGACCUGGAUGCCGCAGCCAUCGAGGAUCACAAGCGCCAAGCAUUCCUGAUCGAGAAGCGGUUUCUGGAAAUCUCUGGGUUCGAUUUCGAGUUUAUUUACCCACAUACAUAUGUCAUCAAGUUUGCAAAGCAUCUGGGAGUCCCGCAGAGCAUCGCUGCAAACGCCUGGGAUCUGGUGGACAAAUGCUUCGCGACACACCUGCCACUGCUCUAUCCACCGCAAGUGCUUGCAUUUGCAGCGCUGUGGAUCGAAGACAGCUUUCGGAACUUUGGAUCGGAGUCGGUGAAUAUCAACGACAUAAAAGCACAGGAUGACCUCCGCAUUCGCCACUCAUGCGUCAUCGCUGGUGCCAAGGAUUUGCUAGAGUACCGAAAAUCGCUCUCGGAGACGGUCGGGGCCACAGAUCAAUCGAAGUACCGAACUUUGUUCCAACACAUUGAAUAUCGGAUCCAAAAACAAGGGGGCGAAGGUAAAAGGGAAGAUAUCCGUGAAAAAGUGGUGGAAGCCACAAAUGCCGGCGAGGCCGAGCCAAGGAGCGAACAGGAGGCCGGAUCGCGGCAAAUGCAGCAAAUGACAAGAAAUGCCCCUGAGAACGUCACAGAGACCCCGAAAGGAGAAGCGGAUGAUGCACGAGGACCAAAGCGCGCUCGUGACGAGGAAUAUCUGAAGCGAGAACGGCGAUCGACCUAUAGCGAGUCCAGCAAGGAGGAACGAUGGAGUGAUUCGCGAGACAGAUGGGGAAGACACGAAUCCGACGGGGGAUACAAUCGCGGGACGAGUCGGAGAGGCUCGCCUGACCGAUAUGGAUCAAGGUAUUCGAAGCACCGCUGAUGGGUGAUCGCAAGAGCAGUGCGAAGGCUGGUAUACGAGGAAAUGACUGAUUGGGACUGAGUGGAAUCCGACUGCGAUCGAAAAUAUACAUUGGGGAUGAACCCGAGAGAACGCCGGAGCGGAAACACAGACGCCUAAUCGGAUAAGACCUGCAUACUAUCUAUCCAUGUGCAGAGAUGGACGGCGCAACUGUUGCUGGCACAGAUGCGAUGAAUAUACGAUGCAGCCUUGGCUGUGCCCUGGUUGCACCCUGGAUGCACCCUCGACACAUUCCCUUGGAAUCUUCCUCCUCCCUCUCCACCACAGUGCCAGCGGCGUCGCUGAAGAUCGCAACGAUCCAA